AUGUCCCUUAAGGAAUUCAUCGAUGAUACGAGAUUCGGUGAGAGCUGGGCAGACGACGACUUUGAUCCAAGCUCAAUCUCAGUUCCAACGUUCCAUCCAAGGCAUAACGAUGGCUUUAACCAAUCGCACAUGUCACCGUUUAACUCUGGUGGAUUCAACCAGAAUUUCCAACAUUCACAGUUUAGAGGUAGCUCCUACCCAGAAGAUGAACGUUUACGUCAGUUCUUCAUCAAGUUUCUAGACGUGCCUUCUUUUUUUGGGGUAGAGGACAUGGAGGAUUUGUUCCAUUCGAGAUUUACUAAAUUUGUGAAAUUGAAGCUCUUUUGGGAGAUUGAUUUCCAAGGGUUGCGGUAUGCUUCCGACCCCAUUGAGGCCAUUGAUAUGACUAGGAAAGUAUGUUAUGUGGAAGUGGAAUCAUUGGAUAUUUUCACCAAGGUGUUGAAGUGGCAUGAUUUAUACGUCAACAGAGGUAAGAUUAUUCCAGAGAGAGGAUCAUUUGACGACUUACGAACAUAUCACGAGCUGAACAGGUUAUUACCGGAGGAAGACGACCCAAAUCUUUCAGGAUCAGCAAGACGCUCAAUUAAGCAAACUCAUCACCAUAGUCAAGAUCAACAUCGUCAAGAUCAUCAGCAUCAGGAUCAAUCUUCCCAACAACAGUAUGCUCAUCAUGAUUUCCCACCACAUCAUCAACCAGAACCGGUAUAUGCUGGCCAUCUACACCAACAUCGUGAUGCACCACGAGAACUACCACCUCUACAUGUUCCGUCGCCUGCUCCAACCCCGCGUAGAGUGAAUCCAUUUGGAAGUGCUAAACCUGUCGAUACAUUAUCAAGGGAGCGUGAAUUGCAAAAGAAGAUGCAAGGGUUGGAGAUCAAUAAGACUACUUUUAGAACUUUGGGUAGCUUGGAACGUGAAAAGAGACACAGUGAAUCACAUCAGGGGUAUCAAAAUCCAAAGGAUCACCAGUCCGAGACAUCUGAAGUUAAACACUCCAAACAUAGUACAGAGGACAAGACAUCGUUGAACAAUAAUGCAAAUGUGCUAAAACCUGCUCCACAACCUACAAGCGUAUGGGGUUCUCCACAGAGCUAUGCCCAAGUGACUUCACCACCUAAGUCUUCAUUUACAGUGGAUCUCUCUAAGAACAGCUCCAAGAAAGACGAAAAAGAUAAGGUGAAAGGAAAAGUUAUCUUGAAGAGAAAAAUAAAGAAGGAGUUCACCAAACCUUCAUCAGAGAAUAAAGCCGUGGAAGAACCGACUAAACAGCAGAUCGUUGCACCAUCAUCGUUUGAUGAAGGGCAACCAAAGACUGAAGGGGCACCGGAUGAUGCUACCGUCAUAAAUGAUCCCAAAAUUGUGAAGGCUCGUGGUGUUACAGACAAUGUAAAGAAGCAGAUCCAAAGGGAGUUGAAGAAAACCGAUGUUGAACCAAAUUCAAAGGUUUCACCAGCGGAUUCAAAACCAUCUCCAGUGAAGUUUGUAGAGAACGGUGAUGUGUCUGAGUCAUUACCUGUUGUUCACAACGGGUACAAUACCAGAGGAAGAUUGUCUGGAAAGACCCAUGCCAGAGGCCGUGGACGAGGCCGCGGAAGAGGAGGACUAAGACGUGGUAGCGAUACUGCUGAACAACAUUUAAACAAGGUACCAGAACCAGUCAAAGACAAGGAAGCUGUGAAUGAGAUCAAAAAGGAACAUAAGAAGGGGAAAGAUUCAAAAUCUGAGUAUGUUGGGGCGGAGUUGGAGCCAAAGAAAGAGGUCAAAAAAGAAGCCAGGAAGGAGGCCAAGAAGGAAACCAAGAAGAAUGUAAUAAAACUACAGAACGACGAGAAGCAGAUGCCUAAAGUGGAGCUAAAAGAGGAAACCACCGAACAGUCUAAUACCUUCACACAGAGUUCCAGCGAGUCCAAACAGACUGCUGAACCGAGUGACUCCAUCGACAACGCCAACCAAAGUCGAGAAGCGUUUGCACAUGGCAUAGAUGGAUCCCGUGGACGCGGACGUGGACGCGGACGUGGAUACCAUGGCGGUCGUGGGCGUGGGCGUGGACGCGGCUCUCGCGGUAGCGUGAGAGGCCAUUUUAGAAAUCAGAGUAAGACUUUCCACAAGGAGGACGCUCAUGGUGGUGAUGUUUAA